UGGGAGUCGCUCGGUUUUUGUUUCGAGCGCAUCGUAAUGGUGUUACGGACGUGUCCUGUGUAUUUCAUGUUAUGUAGGAGGAUAACGGCUGCAGCAGUCGCUCCAAAGGACUCAUGUGCAGUGCUUUCACCCUUGGAGCAAAAAUUUUACCCACAUAUAGGUAACCGUGAAAUAGUGGGUUUCGGUAGGAAUGGGAUUCCUAUGUAUUAUGAUGAUUUGGCGUACCCGUAUCCUUCAAUCAGAUUUCGCAACCAUACCCCUGAAAUUGCUAAAUUAAGAGAGAAAGAACAAGGGGACUGGAGUCAGUUGACAACCGAGGAAGUGAAGACAUUAUAUCGUCAUAGCUUUCAACGUACCUUUGCUGAAUUAACCGCUCCACAUGGCCAGUGGAAACUUGGACUAGCAUAUGGUUUUAUUUUCAUUAGUAUCGGCCUCCUAUUCUACAUAUACAUCCGUACGUUUGUUGUAAUACCUCCGAAAAACGUACUCGAAUUGCCUGAAUAUAAGGAUGCAGUUUUAUACAAAAAGGUGUUCAGUCGGUCAGGAUCAAUUAGUGAUGUCUACAAGUUUGAUGUUUCUAAGAUGCGUUGGAGAGAAGAAUAGCUUUAUAUCAACUUAAUGUAGUGCUAGAUGUAACAUUUGAAAUAAACUUUGUUAGUACUAUUUGGUCUUUAGUUGUAUGCUCACUUAUACAUAAUGAUGAUUUGUAUUUCUGCAGAAGUUCUUCGGUUUUGGGCUUCGAUGCAUUCGGUGCAUGGCAACUGCCAGAGAGACCAAGAUUGAGACUAUUUUGAAAGAAAACUUCCCGAGCGCUAGGCUUGUGUCUGUUUCUGAUGUGAGUGGUGGUUGUGGAGCUAUGUUCGAAAUAGUUAUUGAAGCAGGAGAGUUUGCAUCCUUGUCCGUUUUGCAGCAGCAUCGAGCUGUUAAAAAGGCCUUGAGAGAUGAAAUAAAGAACAUGCAUGGACUUACAAUCAAAACUAAGGCGUGAGAUAACUUGUCAGCCGCUUUAUCAUCUAUAGUUGACAUUUUCUUGUUCAGAAAUUUAGAAGUACUGACUUCGUCCCUAUAUAUACGUAUGUUUGGUUCUCAUGUAAAAAUGUUUAAUUAAAAGUUUGCAUAUGGC